CUGGAGGAGGACGCCGACGCUCCGCUGCUCUCCGAGCGACGCAUCUGUUUCUCUGAGCGGCGUCGGGCAGCAGGAACCAGGAGGGAUGGACACAGCGGGCGCGUACGGCGCCAGGAAGGCCGGCAGCGUCCCCUUCGAUCCGGUCGCCUUCUUCACUCAUCCCCGCACCAUCCUUAGACUGAUGUCAUGGGUUUUCUCCAUAGUGGUGUUCGGCUGCAUUGUGAACGAGGGCUACAUCAACAUCGGCAGCGAGCGCUUGCUCUGCGUCUUCAACAACAACGCUGAUGCCUGUAACUACGGAGUCACUGUGGGCGUGGCCUGUUUCCUUGGCAGCAUCUUUUUUCUGAUCCUGGAUUUUUACUUUCCCUCCAUGAGCAACAUCAGGGACAGAAAACGUGCAGUGCUGCUGGACCUGGCCUUCUCUGGUAUCGCAAGCUUCCUGUGGUUUGUUGGCUUCUGUUUUCUGGCCAAUCAGUGGCAGGCGACGUCUCCAGACGAGCUGCCGUUAGCCCAGGGCUCCGACGCCGCUAGAGCCGCCAUCGCUUUCUGCUUCUUCUCUAUCCUCUCCUGGGCUGUGCUGACCCUGAGUGCCCUUCGACGCUUCUUGACUGGCAGCAACACUAACUUAUUCACUUGGCAACACCUGGAACCAGCUCCAAGCAAUGCUCGGGCAACACCCUACCCAAUCCCCAAUGGUGCAACCAUAGUAACCACCAAUCCCUAUCAAGCCCCGCCUUUCACCGAAACCUUGGACCCCCAGAAACUCACACAACAAAGACCCAUGGCUCCUGCCUUCUAGAGACACAUUUGCAGAGAGACAGAAAAUAGAAGCCUGAUUUAAAUGCCACUGCACACAAUGCAGGCGUGGAAAACUUCCUGUCUUACUGUGUGUUGGGUUUCCAUCCUCUCUCGGGCUUAGAGCAAGAUUCUGGGUUGUCUCUUGCUAGAUCUAUUUUCACCGUGAUAACCGCUGGCUAAGCUUAGUUAGUUAGUAACUCUCUGUGUCAAGAACAAUUGUCCACUGUUCACAUACACAGAUUUUGAUGCACGCAAAUGCAGCUGUACUCACUCACACCUGAAUCCACACCUGGACACACGGACACAUAGAAACACCUCGACUGCAUGUUCAUAUGGUGACGUCCAGAUUAAUCUUGAUGUAGGUCAGUGAAGACGCUCCAUCUGUGUUGUGAAAGGAGUCAGUGGGAAAAAUGCGGAAGACAACAAGGUUGUGCUACUGCUGUGAUCUGUUUCUCUUCUUCCCUAUUCAGUCUGACCAAUGAGAAUCGCCCCCAGAGACAUGUGGCCUCCCAUUGGCUGAAAUUCAGUCGGCUUCACCAAUUGAUCGUGAACAAAGGAAAGCGGGGGCAGAAGUAGCAGAAAAUAGUUUGCUUUCUUGGCAAGUAAAUACAAGCAGGACUUUCUUGAUUCAUUCUGGAUGCUAUGGAAUUUCAGUGUGAAAUAUUUAUGUUACUAAAUAUUUGAUUGUGAUAUGCUAAAAGGGUAAAAAGAAAAUAAAAUCUUCCCACCACCACCAUGAUCCCAGCUGUGAGUUUGCCUUCGUCACUUUAUCUUUAAAUUUGUUUUUCCCUCCUUCAAUCUAAGAAAUUGCUUAUGACAUAAUUAUGUAUUGUGAACAAGAUCUGAGGAUGUGU